AAUGAGCUCCCAGCAGCCGGUGGGCGGGGGUCCCCGCUCCUGCCCGCCAUGGAACCGGCGGCCACCAGCAUCCAGGUGCUGCUGCAGGCGGCCGAGUUCCUGGAGCGGCUGGAGCCCCGGUACCCACUCGGUACCCGCUACCCACCGGGCCUGGCUGAGGCCGAGCACGGCUACGCUUCGCUCUGCCCCGCGCGGUCCCGCCGAACCGUGGGUAGCGACAGGUCGGUGCACAACGCGCUGGAGAAGCACAGGAGAGCCCAACUCCGCUGCUGCCUGGAGCGGCUGAAGCAGCAGGUGCCGGUGGGCAGCGGGCCGGCCCGUCCCACCACGCUGAGCCUCCUGCACCGUGCCCGGCUUCAUAUACAGAGGCUGGAGGAGCAGGAGCUGAGGGCACGGAAGGCCAAGGACCGGCUGCGGGACCGGCAGCGGAGCCUGCAGCAGCGGCUGGAGCAGCUGCUCUCUCCCACUGGUGGGGAACGGGCGCGGGCUGACAGCCUGGACUCAUCCCAGCUCUCGGAGCCCUCUGAGGGAGAGGAUGCUGAGAUAGAUGUGGACGGUGUCGUGUUCGGCGGGGACCUGUUGCCCAGCUUCGGCACUGGCAGGGACCACAGCUACUCCAGCCCCGCAUCCUGACAGCACCCGCUGCUUUCCCUGCUGCCUGCCCCCUGCCUGCCGCUGCCGCAAAUGCAGCCCGUGUUGGCCUGGGUAAGGGACCGUGGGUGGGGGGUGAGUACCUGGCUUGGCACCCCCGGUGCCAGGCUGCAAAGCCACCGUGCUGGCACGACACUGUAGCACCCACUGUGUGCUGGAAGAGGGCCCGGCUGUCUCAGGGACCCUCUCCCAUCCCUCUGCCAGCAGACUGGGGGGCUGCCUGCCACGGGUCUGGGGCAGCGCAGCCCCCAGCAAACACAGCUACAAGAGGGCUCUGGGAUCCCUGGAGAGCCAGGAAGGGGAAAGCAGUGCAUCAAGCAGCCUGCCUACACGCUCCCACAGCCCUCCCUCUCCCUUGUAUAUACCCAACAUUGUUACAGUAAAUGCACUUGGUGUAAAAAC